AUGGUGUCGAAUGAUGACGGGGUGUCGAAUGAUGACUGGGUGCUGAAGGCAUCACUCGUGUCGAAUGAUGGCGGAGUGCCGAAGGCAUCGCUCGUGCCAAAUGAUGAUGAGGUGCCGAAGGCAACACUCACGUCGAAUGAUGACGGGGUGUCGAAGGCAUCGCUCACGCCGAAUGAUGACGGGGUACCGAAGGCAUCGCUCGCGUCGAAUAAUGGUGGGGUGCCGAAGGCAUCGCUCUCACCGAAUGAUGACGGGGUGCCUAAGGCAUCGCUCUCACCGAAUGAUGACGGGGUGCCUAAGGCAUCGCUCUCGUCUAAUGAUGAAGCUUGUAGAACAAGCUUACCAAUGGUUAUUGCCGAUGGCUAA